CUACCCGGCGUGAACGGGCAUUACUGGAGGUAAUUUGGUCGUGUAGUUUUACUCCAUUUAGGGGGAAACUCGGGGAAAAGCGGAGCUCUUACUUCAUCAAUCAUACCAGAUAUAGAAAUGCCUGCACGAAGAAUGAAACAGCACGAGGAUAAGAGCAGAAGAGAAUGAAGAAAUCAUGAGACAGUCAUUAUUGCUGGCAUGUUGAGGCUUGUAUGCAAGACAUCUUGCUCCAGCGCUGUUCCUUGACCGAAUGAAAGUUUGAAAGGAUUUCGGUUUAGUUUGGUACCUGGACUUGAGCUGAGAGACAACUGUUUGUACAUACUUCUUCAAGAUGUGUACCGGGAUUAUGAGAGUUUUAUUUCUGCUUUCCCUCGUGUGUUUAACGUCACAGAUUGGUAAAGCCAAGAUGGUGAUAGCCCAGAAGUCACGGCCUCUUUCAAGUGUCACAAAUGAGAUCGCAGACAUCAGCACAGAGCAGACGACAUCCUCACUCGAUCACACCCUAUCUGAUAUCGAUCGCAGGAUUGACGGUCUGGAUUCCCAGAUUCAUAGUUUAAAUGUAGAUUUAAAGCAAAUCUUAGAGAGGACCCCAAGUGUUUCCAGUAUGGAGGAGGAAAAUGCCGAACUUCGCCGAAUGCUUAGAAAUUUCGAGCGCUUUUUCGGCACCCUAUACGCGGAGAAACCCGAAGCAUUUGACGCCGAGGCGAACGCCGAAAUAAGGAUGUCAAAGCUUAACGAAUACCUUGGCAACCGAGAGGCGGAGCUAGCAGGUUUGCGCCCGGCACCAUCGACGGUUAUUGACACGGAAGAAACCUUUGACCCGGAAGUACUUGGCAGAGCCCUCCUCCAAAUUACAGAGGAGAAUUCAAAACUGGCAGAAAAAGUUCAGAAACUACAAUCAAAAGUUGACAUCACUAUCCCAAGGAAAGAGAAUGGCCGUGAUGACGUCAUAGAAGAAGUGAGGAGACGUAGGAGCCCACGUGACCUGCAUACACAGAAUUUGAUGAAUGGUACCUCGUUAUCCAAUGAGACGCUAUCUACAAUCAAACGCAUGCUGGCGCAAGAGAUCGCCUCAGCUUUGGCAACAUUCAACGAAUCGUCAUCAACGCCAUCAUCGUGCAAUUCGAGCAGCAAUACGGUGUAUACCGACAUCAGUGAUGACGGAAUGUCGACAUCGGAGGAGAUCGAAAUCCUGACGGAAGAUUUGCUCGGGAUUCCUACAUCCUCUCGUAGGAGGAAAUCUGCGUUUUCGGUCGCCAGUAUGACGUCACUGUUAGGGUCAACGCAACCUCAGUACGUGACCUUUGAACAUGUCUACGUCAACAAGGGGCGGGACUUUCUCGUUGACAACCAUACAUUUGCUUGCCAGAUCGCCGGAUUCUACUACAUUUCUUUCAACUUGCGUUCAUAUGAUGGUCGCCAUCUCGGUGUGACACUGAUGAAAAACGAAGAGGUCAUGACCGCGAUCUACUCGGACGCGAGCAGUCGGAACGUCAUGGAGAGUCAGAGUUUAAUUCUGCAUCUUGAAAGGGGUGAUCGGGUCUAUCUUCGGCUCGGCCCUUCGGAAACUUACGGAAUCUACAGCGAUUUUCGGAAGUACAGCACGUUUAGCGGCUUUCUCCUGUACCGCGGUUAUUAGUGGUGUGCGAGUGGGAUUGUUGGAUAGGGUGGGAGAGAUUGGGCGAGGGGGAAGGGGAGAGAAGAGAGAGAGAAAGAGAGAG